UAUAAAUAGGCACCCCACCUGUUCUCUUUCAAAUCACUCUCUUGCUCUAGUUCAGCUCCUUUUUAAGCCCUGGCAUCUUGCAAGUUUAUUAACACCUCGCUUGGUUUAACUACUUAUCUUUAGCUUCACAUCAUGGGAGGAAGCUCACCUUGUGCUUCCUGCAAAUUGUUGCGGCGUCGCUGCGCCAAAGACUGCAUUUUUGCACCCUAUUUUCCUCCUGAUGAUCCUCAUAAGUUUGCCAUUGUCCACAAGGUUUUCGGUGCUAGCAACGUCAGCAAGAUGUUGCAGGAGCUUCCUGUUCAGCAGCGAGCAGAUGCAGUAGGCAGUCUAGUAUAUGAAGCAAAUGCAAGAAUGAGAGACCCAGUCUACGGAUGCGUAGGUGCUAUCUCCUAUCUGCAGAAUCAAGUUUCCCAGUUACAAAUGCAGUUAGCAGUGGCUCAAGCAGAGAUACUGUGUAUCCAGAUGCAGCAACAGGAGCCUGCAGCCUUGCCCACUCAACUGGACGUCCCAGAUGAGAAGUCGCUUCUCUUAUCCACUAGCACCUUCAAUAACCUACAACCGUACCUCAGCUUUGCUUCUUCUAGCACUGUAAUGCAAGACCCUCUUAAGAGGGAGUCUCUUUGGACAUAACGAUGUUUUAUGAACUAAUCUAACUACUUAGUGGUUAGUAAUGAAAGUGCUUUAAGUGUUUUAACUUGUUUCUUCCUCGUAUCUAUUAAGGGUUUGUGGCAUCAUGGUUUUGUUGAUGAUUGCACCAUCAGAGACAGGAAGAUAUACCGCACUGAAAAG